AUGGAGGACGAGGAGGGCUACACGGCCUUGAACCUGCGGCCCAAGCGGGGCGGCUCGGAAGGCCCGUUCCCAGCCGGGUACCAAGAUAACGAUUUCAACCCCCUCCUCCCACCUACGGGCCCCAUGUCCUGGCAGCAGGUUUCCCUCUUGGUGUCCGAGAAGGGACAGACCCCGGCAGCCCCUGGGAGCGACGGAGCUGGGAGCACAGACCCCAGCGCGGCAGAAUGCAGCGCCCGCCUGGAGCGUUUCCGAUCCCAGCUGUGCCCCCCGGCCCAGCCCGGCCCAGCAGGCGGCUCCGGGUGCAAACUCUGCCCCACCGACUGGCAGCUGCGUGGGGACAAGUGCUACUGGGUCUCCAGAGGAGGUAAAACGUGGAACAAGAGCCGCGCCGACUGCUCAGCGAGGGGCUCCCAGCUGCUGGUGAUCCGGGACCACAAGGAGCUGGAGUUCCUAAAGGACCUGACACAAGGUUCACGUCUGUUCUGGAUCGGACUCUCCGUUUCCUCCCCGGAGAAGGCCUGGACCUGGCUGGACGGCUCCCGGCUGGAUCAGACCCUGUUCCCGGUGUCAGGCCCGGCUGACGGGAACAGCUGUGGGGUGGUGAACGAGAAUCAGAUUGGUUCUGACAUCUGCAGCUCUGCAUUUCAGUCGAUUUGCCAGAGAGACGCCGUCCGGGGAGGAGACCUCAGAGCGCAGCACUGUUAG